UCACCCGUCAUGCGCUGCUUCUAUCAUAUUACUAUCAUGAAGAGCUGCCUUGCCAUGUGAUGGCUUCUCGUGCGCUCAGUCCCGUCAUUCUAUUUCUCGCCGCCUCCCCCACCCUUGUCGCGACAACAAGGCCAGGGCACAUCUGGACGCGACAAGUAAAAAGCCAGUAGCUGACGGUCGCACAACUACCAGUUGAGCGAUAGACAGACCUUAUUUGUCGGUCAGCCCGUCACACAUUCUGGCACUUGAGACACCCCUACCUGCCACCCAUUACAGUCUAUCCCUACGGCCAGGGAUCAGGGCCCAUUCCGUCUGGCGCAUUUUCUCGUCUCUCUGCUGCUAUCAACCCGCCACUCUCCAACUUUUUGCCGUGCUUCAACUUGCCACAACUCCUGGCUCCUUAUUCGCGAUCAGCACCCAGCGCCGUCAUAUUUCCACACCCUCCGCGACGGGCAAGCUGAGCUGCAGGCCAGGAGGACAUGCACGGCUAACAGCUCCUUGGGUUACACAACCUCCCCCCAGGACGCCAAUCCCGGGCAAGAGAGGCCCCUCUCUCGCCGUCGCAACGACUCAUUGGCCCCCUUUACUUACUUACUUUCUCGCACUCCUUGCAUGAACCGGCCCAUCGGGAUCCAGAGAAACACCUCGCCAACCAGGCCUCCUCAGGUCGUCGUCUCCCUGCGCCGCCCCGUCAACCAAGCAGCGCACAUGAAAUAACCGUGUCUGGAACCUGUCAGACCCGUCGCUGCAAAUCCGACUCCUUCACAGUUGGAACGCCUCUGCGCAGCAAGCCACUCAUGAGUUUUACAACCCGAGGACAUCGCGCGCCCAGUUCCUCCGACAUUCAGAAUGGCCGCGGCCGAAGUCCUAGCUUUCGCCGCAAGCGAUGGCUGCCAUGCGGCUCCGAGUUUCUAUAAGGCUCCUCGCCACGGUGGAGGUAGUCGACCGAGGAGGAAUAGCCAAUUCCACAAUCGAUUACAAUUGCAAUUGAGUCUCAUCUCUGAGGUGUGGGUUCAACUGCGGUGUUCUCCCCCCUCCCCCAGUUCAAAAGACUGCCGGACCAAACCACUUAUUAUCCCCGACUUCUGCUCGCCGAGAUGGUCGCGCACCCGAUGCCUGCCAGCCCCACCCAGCGACGAUUCGGAAUCAUCUGUGGAUUUGCGCAACACCAGCUGUACAGAGUCUACUGCUCAAACACGCCGCCUGCGCCCCGCGGACAGUGACGUAGUAUUGCCGAGCUCGCAAGCAGGCCGACAGAGACGUGAUGAUCGCGAUGUCGAUCUCCUAGCCGACCCGAACAUGGAUCUGAUCGAUUUCGGGUCAGACGAGGGCUUCAUUGAGGCCGCAGGGAAGAAAAAGAAGAAGCAGACAACGUCCUUCAACUGGCUUGAGGACGAGAACGACAAGAAGGAUGGGGAUGGCACGGAGGAGGGCGGCGGCGGCGACGGCAACAAGGAUCAAAACGGCGGCGAUGCGGGCGCAGGCGGCAACACAGGCGGAGAUGGUGGAGGCGAUGAUGGCGGCAAGAAAGACGACGACAAGAACGGCGGCGAAGCUGAUCCUGACGACAUCUGGGGGUUUUCCACCGUCGGCGGCAAGAAGAAGAAGAACAAGGACAAGUCCGCAGACGCCUUUGGCCUGCCAGAGGUACCACCGGUGUCGGCCGAUUUUCACGAGAUCAAAUUGGACGAUUCGGGGGGCGCAACCAGCCUAGACUUCGGUCUAGGCCCAAAGACCGACAAACCGAAAACGGGAAUCAGCGCGUGGACGUCCGGCUGGGGUGGCGGCGGCUGGGGCUGGGGAGGUCUCACCGGCUCACAGACUGAGGCCAGCAAGCCUGCCCACGAAGAGAAAACGGAAUACCCGGUUGACGACAGCCCUUGGGGCAUCAAUCGCCCGAAGCCAAAGAAGAAGGAGACUUCCACAUUCUCCUUCGGGGCUCUCGGCGACGACGAUGGCUCCAAGGACUCGAACAGCUUCGAUUUUCUAGGGGGCAGCAAGUCGCCUGAGACGAAAGACGUGGGCGCAUUCUCUUGGGGCGCGCCCAAAGCUAAGACGGGCGAUGAUGACUUCUGGGGCAGUCUGAACAACAAAAAGGACGAAGCGCCUAAGGAUGAAGAGAAGCCGGCUGAGGAGGCAGCUGACGACAUUUGGGGUUGGUCCUCGACCAAAAAGGAUAAGAAGAAAAAGGGCAAGGUGACUGUUAUAGAAGAGUCACCAGCAGCACAGGACGAACCCCUGCCCGCAGCACCCGACGUUCCGGACGCCAGCGACAAACAGCCGGAACCAGCCCUGACUCCAGAAGAGGAAGCCGAGCUCCUAAAAUUACAGACCAAAAAGGACAUUGGCAGCAAAUUGACUAAGAAGCAGACGGAUAGGUACAAACUCCUGACCGACAAAGCUGAGGAAGCGGCCAAGGCAGCAAAGGCAGCAGCACCCGAGACUGCCGAGCCCGUGGGUGGUGACACUGCUGAUGUGCUCGAUCACGCAGGGGCGCUCGCAGAUGUGGACCCAGCUGAUGGCUCUGCUCCCCUCGAUGAUGCCCAAGCCGAAGCAGACGAAAAGGCGCGGAUCAUUCAGGAGGAAGAGGAGGAAAUGGCACAGCUGAGGGGCAAGAAGAAGCCGAAAAAGGCCGACAAGGAUCGCCUGCGAGUCCUUGAAGAGCGCGCCGGCGAACGCCUUCGAGAAGCCGAGGAGAAGGCAGCAGCCAGCGGGAGCACCGCGCAAGAUGACGCCGCACCUGAAUCCGCUGGUGCCCCAGCAGGGGACUCGGCCCUAGCCGAAGAUCCCGUGCCUGAAAUUGACGCCGCGCAGGCCGAAGCGGACGACAAGGCCAGAAUUGCCCAAGAAGAAGAGGACGAGAUGGCCGAGCUGAGGGCCAAGAAGAAGCUGAAAAGAGCGGACAAGGACAGGCUUCAAGAACUUGAGGACCGGGCUGAAAGCCGGGCUCGCGAGGCGGAACAACUGGCCGCUGUCGCACAGGCCGAAGCUGAUGCCGCGCAGGCUGCAGCUGCGCAAGCCGAAGCCGAUGAGAAGGCCAAAAUCGCUCAGGAGGAGGAGGAAGAGAUGGCCCAGCUCAGAGCCAAGAAGAAACUGAAAAGCGCGGACAAGGAGCGCCUCCGAAUCCUCGAGGAAAAUGCCGACCUGCGCUCUCGCGAAGCCCAAAUCGCCCAGCCGGACGAACCUAAUCCAGAGAGUGGCGCAGACAGCAACGAGUCUAAGAGCGACGAAACGGCCCCAACCUCCGUUGAUGACUCCGGUGUACAGGCCGAAAAGGACGAGGCCGCGCGGCUCAUCAGGGAGGAAGAGCUUGAGAUUGAGCAGCUGUUGUCCAAAUCGAAGCUCAAAAAAGCCGAACGAACUAGGCUCAAUGAACUUCAAAACAACAAGGAAAAACGCGAGCAGGAUGCUGCAGCCAAGGCAGACGCCGCCCUUACAGACCCAGUUGACGUGAGUGUGCCAUCAGCCGAGGAUGCACCAGCCAGUGGUGGUAUCGUGGAGCCAAUCCCAGAUGGGGACGACGACUUGGCGGCCAAAAGACUCGUCGAGGACGAGGAGCUCGAGCUCGAGCUGUUGUUGACCAAGUCAAAGCUCAAGAAGGCUGAAAAGGCACGCCUGAAGGAGCUUCAGGAUAACAAGGACCAGCGAGAAUACGAAGCCGCUGCUAAAGCCGCGUCUGAGCCGACUCCUGACGGUGUCGAACCACCAGCUGACGGCGCCGCUGAUAGUGGCCCGGUCUUGGACGAUGCUCCUGUUGACGAGACCGCGGCACAAGACGCAUUGGUCGCCGCCGAGGAGAGUGAGCUCACGGAACUCUUGUCAAAGACCAAGCUCAAGAAGUCAGAGAAGGCUCGGCUCAAGGAGCUUCAAGACCGCAAAGACCAGUGCGACGAGGAAUCCAGACGGGUGGCAGAGAAAGCCGAGGAAGACGAACGACUCGCCCGCGAGAAGGCCGAACAAGAAGCCCGGGAACUCGAGGAGCGAAAGCGCCGCGAGGAGAUCGAAGCCGAGGAGGCUGAGAUCGCCUCGCUCAAGUCCAAGAAGAAGCUCAAGAAGUCUGAGAAAGACCGGCUAUCCGAGCUAGAAUUCCGAGCACAAGACCGCGCAUCAGCCGAAGCUGAGAAGCUGGCUGCAGAACUCCUCAAAGAGGACGCCGAAAACGAGGUCAAGCAAGACGAGCCGAAGGUCUCUAAAGGUUUCUCCUGGGCCGAUGAUGACCCAGCCGACGACAACGGCGCUGGCGACGACUGGAUGGACUGGGGACUGAGCAGCUCCAAGAAGUCCAAGAAGAAGGACAAGUCGAGCCCUCUGAUCGAGUUUGGCGGCACUGGUGAUGCCCCAGCAGUCCCGGACGCGCCACCCGCUAUUCCUGAGGCGGGCGCUUUCGACUUUGGCUGGGGCAAGCCAAAGAAGAAGGACGUGCAGACCCCCGCUGACGACCUCUGGAGCUUUGGUACCGGCUCCAAGAAGAAGUCAAAGAACAGCCCCGCCGAGGUGAUUGACGACCCGAUCAAAGCAGAUUUUACAGGUGAUGCCAAGGACAAGAUGGGUGGAGACGACUUUUGGUCGACUUUUGGCGUUGACAAAAAGGACAAGAGUUCUCGUAAGAACGCCCUGGCCAUGCAGCCCCCACCACCAGCACCUACACCUCCAAGUAUGGAUCUGACAGAAACAGAAGUCGACGCACAUGACGCCGACGAUGCAUGGGGCGACCCGAGUGGCUCUACGGAACUGAGUGGGAGCAAGUCCAAAAAGUCCUCCAAAGAGCCCAAGCUCAGUAAGAAGGACCUCGAGAAGCUGGAGAAGGAAAAGAAAAAGGCCGAGAAGGAGCAGAGAGAGCGCGAGAAGCGCGAGGCCGAGGAAGCGGCGGAGAAAGAGAGGAUCGCAGAAGAGGAGCGCCUCGCCGCCGAAGCAAAGGCCGAAGAAGAGAGGUUGGCCCGCGAGGCUGAAGAGCUAGCCAGGCAGGAAGAGGAGGCGAAGCAAGCAGCUAUCGAUGCUAUCGCGCUGGAGGAGGCCGACCUGGCCAUACUGCAGGCCAAAAAGGACUCGGGCAAGAAACUCACGAAAAAGGACAAGGAGAAGUAUGACAAGCUUUCUGCCAGCUGCCAGGCGCGUGCGGACGAAAAGGCCGCCCAGGAGGCUGCCGAACAGGCCGCACGAGACGAGGAAGAAAGGCUGGCACGCGAGGCUGAGGAGCUUGCCCGCCAGCAGGAAAUCGAAAAGGAGGAGGCCGAGCUCCAGGAGCUGCAGAAGAAGAAGGACGCCGGGAGGAAGCUGCUCAAAAAGGACAAGGAGAAGUACGACCUGCUGCGCUCAAACAAGAAAGCUCGAGACAAGGCUGCCGACGCGGCCAGUGCGCCCGUCGACGAGGCUGCGCCGGCGGGCGGCCCCGAGGCUGACGACGACCUCGACAAGGACCUGGCCAAGCUGGACGCGAAUCAGCUGGACGAACUGGACCAGUUCCUGUCCUCCCCCACAAAGCCCACCGCAAGGGCGGCCGAGGUGGAUCCGUUCGAUUUCUGGGGUGCAUCCAAGAAGUCGCCUAAGCCCAAAAAGGGCAAGAGUCCUGGGGCUGAAGCUCUUCUCGAAGCUACCACGAGCGAUAGCGCCGCGGUCGAGAACUCGGCCCCCAAGGGGGUGGUAGCCGGUGCCUGGUCCGCCUGGCAGGACACGUACCCAUCGUCGCGACCAAGACCAGAGACGCAGUUGGGGGGCGAGGCCGAUCACCAUGACCUUGACAUAGCUACCAGCGCGCCAGCCUCUACUCCAUCACCAGCACUCAUGAAGGGCCGAAAGCCCGUGGGUGGCAAGAUUGCUGACAGAUUAAAGGCAUUUGAGGCUACCAUCCCGCCGCCACCUCCUGCUCCAGUUGCUGACGCUAUCCCGCCACCGCCUCCACCUCCACCGGUGGAACCAGUGGUCGAGGACGGCAAAAAGAAGAAAAAGUCCAAGAGCAGAGCCGCGGAAAUCCCAGGAAGCUUCCCGGUCGAGGACGAUGAGCAGCUCCCAGAUGAUAUAGUUGAGGUCAUCGAAAUGUCUCCCAAGGUCAAGAAGAGCAAGAAGUCAAAGUCAAAGACCGAAGACGCGGCAUCCGUGCCGCCUCCGCCUCCACCUCCGCCUGCUGUUCCAGACGCACCUCUCUCACCACCACCUGAGGCCGUGGAUGAGCCGAGGAAGGAGGGUAAGAAGGAACGGGCCAAGAUCAACCGCGACGGCGGCUCAAGCUGGGGCAUGUGGUCCGCGUCAACGCCAAGCGGCAAGGAAAAGAAGUCUUCCAAGUCCAAGGCGUCCGAUGAGCCUAGACGGGAGAAGAAGUCGCGCUCGCCCGAGAAAGAGGAGAAGCUGUCGGCCCCAGGGUCCUCGUCGGACAAGGCAGAGCGCAGCGAGCGCGUCAGGGAUAUGGCCAAGGAGACACCAGUCCGGCCCAAGCUCAUGAGCGUGUUCAACAGCACGCCCCCAAUUUCCCGAUCCAUGUCAACACGCGAAAAGCGCCACAAGGAGGGCAAGUCGUCACGUCGCAGCUCAUUCGACGUACCGAGCGGUAUCGUCUCGCCACCACCCGAAGAUGAGGUGCCCACGAUGAGCUCCAAGGCGGCCAAGAUCCUAGGCGUGGGUAUCGGUGACUCCCUGGGAAGGUCAAGCAGCAAGCGCAAGAAGAGCUCGAGGGCAGUUGAAGAGGAUGACAUCGUCAUGGUCGGUGCCAACGAUGCCGUGGAGUCGAGUCCUGAGAAGUCUUCGCGCCGGAGGCACAAGCAAUAUCCACGUGAAGAUGACGAUAUUGUCAUGGUUGACGCGGCGGACGCAACUCCGCCACCCGGUCUUCGGCGGUCGAACACGAGCGGAUCAACCAAAAAGGGCCUUGGAGGCCUAUUUGGUGGGAUAUUAUCAACGCCUAAAACCGACCCGAGACCCGAAUUGCGGCGACGGAACACGCACCACAACACAGACGCCGAGGACGGGGGCGCAGCGACGGACGUUGACGCUGAAGCGCGAAAGGCUGCUCGUCGCUUGCGGAGGGCCGAAAGAGAAGCUGCCGAUAAGGAAGGGGAGGAUUCUCGCCGUGCCAAGGAUGAGGCCCGACGUGAGAAGCGUCGAAAACAAGAAGAGGACGAACGGGAGGCGCGGCGCGCUGAGCGACGCGCAGCCAAGUCGCGUCAAGAGGAGGAGCGCCGAGCUGCCGAGGAAAAGGAGGCAGCCCGUGAGGAGCGCAGGAGGCAGAAGCGGCUUGAGCGCCAGCAGGAGCGCGAGCAUGCUGCGGCCAACGGCGAGACCGCCGUCGAAGACGACGAAGCCAGGCGGGCUGCGCGGCGUGAGAGACGAAAGGCUCGUGGCGCCGCCGAGAGCCACCGGGAGCCCGAACGUCGGCAUGCCGACGACGACGACGAAGAGCGCCGCCGCCGCCGGGCUGAGCGACAUGCUGCUCGUGACACGGCCGAGGGCAAAACGUCGUCGCGUCGCCGCACCGAGCGCGUAGAUGACGAAACGCGCCGCCCAUCCAAGCUUUCACGGAGGCACACCGAUGGUUUAGACAAGCUGUUCCGGAAAUCCGAACCGAAUCCCAACCCGUGGCCGUACUCUGGGACGUCAAGCUGGGUCAAGGAUCACAGUGAUGCCGGCCCGCCGCCUGACGAUGCCGAGGCUCCCAACGAAGCCAUGAAUGACAUAGAUGACGCGGCCGCCCGCCACGAGCGGAGACGGCGAAGGAAGUAUGGCGAUGGGGUGGUCGACAUAGAAGUGGGCGACGAGGAUGGCGAGCGCAGGCGAAGGAAGAGGAGGGAAGAGAGGGCUGGGGGCAGUGAUGGCAGCGGGGAGAGGAAGAGGCAUAGCUAUGUCGGGGACGCAUAUGCCACCCCAACGCCUAGAAGCAGCGCGAGCAGCUGGUGGAAGAAGCUGAAGGGCAAUUGAAGUAACGAGCUUACGAUGGGAUUGAUUUCAGGACAUGACUCGAAGGAUACGAAAGGGACGAAAUGGAUAUGAUGGUAUACGACAGUCUUGGAUGGAACACGGUCAAGGAUGGCCGGUCGGCAUGGCUUGUGCUUGAUAUGAUGGGCACGCUGAACCGAGCAAGCGAGCGAGCAACUGGAUUCUGGUACUACUUGGCCUUCGAAUACCCCUACCUUUUUGAAGCAUUUGGAUAGUUGAUUUUUGUAUACCUAAGCACAUCCUCGUGUAAUCUUGCGCCGUCCAAAUGACUUACUUGUUACAGCAUGUGAACAAAA